GCAGUAGAAUUUCAAACAAGUAAUUAGAAUUUCAUAUUAGUAUUCACAAUGAGUUUCCAAAAUAAAGUAGUAAUUGUAACUGGAGCAAGUUCGGGCAUCGGCGCAGCCACAGCCAUAGCCUACGCGAAGGAAGGCGCAGAUGUAGUUCUCAUGGGGAGAAUAUACUUACUUGUGAAUAACGCAGGAAUUAUCGGUAUUGCAACUGUCAUGGGUGAAAAUACAAUGGAAGAGUUUGAUAAAAUUAUGAACACUAAUUUGCGUGCUGUGGUACACCUUAUAAACUUGGCGGCCAAGUAUCUUAUUCAGACUAAAGGCAAUAUAGUCAACAUUUUUAGUAUGACUGGUCGAGCAGUUGUAGAAAGAGUUUCAGCUUAUAUGACUUCAAAGGCAGGACUUGAUCAUUACAACCGUGGAGCAGCUAAAGAAUUCGCAAAAUUUGGUGUACGAGUAAAUGUGGUUACUCCCGGACCUAUGACAACUGAUAUCCAUGAGACAAUUCCUGCAGACGUGAAGCCGCCAACAAUAAAACCGCUGCCACUUAACAGAUCCAGCGAGUCUGAAGUUGAAACAAGAAAAAAAUAAUAAAUACAGAAAUAAA